AUGCGUUCCAAGUUCAAGGACGAGCACCCCUUCGAGAAGCGCAAGGCUGAAGCCGAGCGCAUCCGCCAGAAAUAUGCAGACCGUAUUCCGGUGAUCUGCGAGAAGGUCGAGAAGUCGGACAUUGCCACCAUCGACAAGAAGAAGUACCUUGUACCGGCAGACCUCACCGUCGGGCAGUUCGUUUACGUCAUCCGCAAGCGCAUCAAGCUUUCCCCUGAGAAGGCCAUCUUCAUCUUCGUGGACGAGGUCCUGCCGCCCACCGCCGCGCUCAUGAGUAGUAUCUACGAGGAGCACAAGGACGAAGACGGGUUCCUCUACAUAACCUAUUCUGGGGAGAACACCUUCGGUGAAUGUUGA